AUGCUGGUAAUAAUGUUUUCCCAUUUAUGGACAUGAAUAGGUGAUAUGUUUACUGAGGAACAAAAUGAGUUGGUUGAAUCAGCGGCAGAGAUGCUCUAUGGUCUUAUUCAUGUCCGGUACAUUUUGACGAGCAAGGGAAUGGCUGCAAUGUUGGAGAAGUAUAAAAACUAUGACUUUGGAAGAUGCCCAAGAGUUUACUGCAGUGGACAGCCUUGCCUUCCAGUUGGUCAAUCGGACAUUCCACGUUCAAGUACAGUGAAGAUAUACUGUCCCAAAUGUGAAGAUAUUUACUACCCUCGAUCCAAGUACCAAGGCAAUAUUGACGGAGCUUAUUUUGGUACUACAUUCCCUCAUCUCAUCUUGAUGACACAUGGACACCUGAAGCCACAGAAGCCAACACAAAGUUACACCCAAAGAGUUUUUGGCUUCAAGCUUCACAAGCCUUGAGCGUACGAGUUUCCAGUCUUGAUGAAUUGGGAUCAAAUUUUCUUCUCAGAAGUGGUUCUCAUCUGGCUUCAAUUAUGUACUAGUUCUUAAGGCGUUACAAGCCGGUCGUGACAAGCCAGGUAAACGAAGAGGGGUGAAAUGUGGAAAUUGAAUGAUCAACGAGGUGUACUGUCUUGCAAAUUUAGUUUUUUAAGAGCACUCUCUCUCUCUCUCCACCUCCCCCCAUAAAUUAGACACGAUAUAUGUAAUUUUUAUUUAUU